CGGCUGGGGAGCGGCUUGGGCGGCUCCACCUACCUCGCCGAGUGGCGCGGGGAGGUGGUGGCGGCCAAGGUUUUCAGCGGGCGGGGGGACGCCUUCGCGAGCUGGAACGUCGAGGUCGGCAUGCUGGCGGGGCUUUCGCAGCCAGGCCACCCCAACGUGGUCCGGCUCCUCGGCGCGGUGGAGGAGAGGCUCACGCGCUGCGUCAUCCUCGAGUACUGCGACGGCGGCGACCUGCAGCAGGCGCUGCAGCGGCCGACGCCGCGCCGCUUCUUCUUCCGCGUCGCAUCGGGCGUCGCCGCCGGCCUCACCUUCCUGCACGCCAACGGAGUGAUGCACCGCGACCUCAAGUCGCCAAACGUGCUGCUGCACGGCGAGCACGGCGUCAAGAUCGCCGACUUCGGCCUCGCCGCCGGCGCACGAGUGGGCGCUUCCCGCAACGGUACGCACAUCCACCCCCCCGUCCCCAAUCCUGCACUUGCAGGCACCUACCGCUGGAUGGCGCCCGAGAUCGUGAUGCACGAGACCUACUCCAAGAGCGCGGACGUCUUUUCGUACGCCAUGAUCCUCUUCGAGCUCAUCACACACACCGUCCCCUUCUCCGACCGCUCGGCGCUGCAGGCCGCCGUCUCCAUCGGCCUGCAGGGAAAGCGGCCCCGCCUCCCCGCUGGCACGCCCACGCUGCUGCGCGACCUCGUCGAGAGCUGCUGGGCCGAGGACAUCGCCAGCCGCCCG